AAGGAGUAAGUAAUCAGCCAAUACCACAGGCUGUCGUUUGUCACAUACCCUACGCAGAUUUGUAAACUUCAAUCUUGUUUUAAAAAGUUAACUGCGUUGAUGAGCCAAUCCGUAUGGUAGUAUGUUUUAGUAAACUGUUCACGUAACGUCCCGUUUAGAUGCCCGUGAAAACACUGACGUCAAAGUCACCUAAAAAGCUUCACGAGGAUAUGGGUAUGGCGAUAUUUGAAAAAUUGAAAAAGUGUCUAGCCUUGUCUCGCUUAAAGUAAAACUAUUGCAGUUCUCCGGAUUGUCAGACAGCAAGAAUGCACCAAGGUCCAAAAAGAUGGAGGAGAAAGCAUUAGAAGUAUACGGUAAAUUGGUUUAUUUGCAUCUUGAAACAGCGAGAGCGCUAGUUAGCUGUUUUCUAGUCUGCGUGCUAGCAUGGCUAGUGGCCAAUACUCUAGGGCUUUAGUUUUUGAGAUACCCUUACCCGAGGUAACCCAAUAUUGGAAACUGAUAUUGCAAAAAUGUGGAAUACGAGCAGUCAAUUGUCUGCCCUACAUACAUGUAAUUGAUUACAUUUAAACAAAAAAUAUAUACGUUUUUGCACUCCCAUUCAGGUGGGUUAGCCCUAUAUGAAGAUAACACCCCAGUCGCUGAAGGGCGCAACAUUUGUAUUAGUUACCUCUAACUACUGUGCUGUAUUUGACCCAUUUACAAGGAUACUUUUCAAAAGCUUCCAACCAGGUGAAAUGGAGAUGUAAAACCACAUAAUGUGAAGUCACUGACCCCCCCCCCCCCCCCCCCCCCCCCCCCAAUCCAUGCUACAUUCAUUAGAAUUCCAGGUCUAAUUUGCAAUACCUUCAUAUCCAUAUGAGCUACAGCUCUACAGACGAGGGCAGUGGGUUCCUUCACGUCUCAGAUUAAAGCUACACCAUUUAAUUUUUUAUUCAUCCCCUUUGAUUCUCUGCAAAUAUUUGUCCUAUUGCAGCUUUAGAUAUUAAUUCACGUACUGAUCAAAUUUUCAAUAGCCUCCUAUCCACAUGACAUAUACCUGUAAAACCACUUGAUAUUUGGUCACUGACCUCCCUCCUGUACUAUGUGUAACUGGUGUGAAAUGGCUAGCUAGUUAGUGGUGUGCGCUAGUAGCGUUUCAACCGGUGACGUCACUCGCUCUGAGACCUUGAAGUAGUUGUUCCCCUUGCUCUGCAAGAGCUUCGGAACCCACCAUACUUGUCUGAAGAUCUGUAACUCAUAUGGACAGUGAGCUAUUGAAAAUUAGACGUCAUAGGAAAUAUACAUGUUAAAUGAAAAACUGGAUUUCUAUGGAGGAGGGAGGUCAGUGACCUAUCAUCAAGUGGUUUUAGAUGUCAUUUGGACUGGAAGCUAUUACAAUUUUGAUCUGUAGGUGAAUUAAUAACCAAAUAAUCAAAGUUGAGGAAUAAAUAAAGUUUUUCUGUAAACACCUGGUUCGGCUGAUUUCACUUUUAAGAUGGUCCCUUGGCCAUGAGUGCAUAAUAUUCCCCCCAUUGAAACCAACUUAAAGUCACUUUUUGAAAAAGGAACAGAGAAAAAAAAAGGCUGUACCUUGCUCUCUAUCGUCUUCUGAUUCUAGACAUAUCACCCUAAUCAUCAUAGGACCUUCCGUCAAAGAGGUAUUGACGCGUAAACGUCCAAUAUCCAAACAUAAAAUAUAUUUAUGAUGAAUGUAAACUUCACUUUUUGGUAGCUGUUCAAUAUGCAACUUUCCAAGGCAAAUUUGCUCUCGUUCAGUGCUAUAGGGACAUGGUCCUGCGUGACAAAAAUACAGGUCACAUACAGUGCAUUCGGAAAGUAUUCAGACCCCUUCACUUUUUCUACAUUUUGUUACGUUACAGCCUUAUUCUAAAAUUGAUUAAAAACUUUUAAAAAAUCCUCAGUUGGUAGAGCAUGGCGCUUGCAACGCCAGGGUUGUGGGUUCGUUUCCCACGGGUGGCCAGUAUGAUAAAGGAUGCACUCACUAACUGUAAGUCGCUCUGGAUAAGAGCGUCUGCUAAAUGACUAAAAUGUAAAUCAAUCUACACACAAUACCCCAUAAUGACAAAGUGAAAACAGGUUUUUAGAACAUUUUGCAAAUGUAUAAAAAAUUAACGGAAUACCUUAUUUACAUAAGUAUUCAGACCCUUUGCUAUGAGACUCGAUAUUGAGCUCAGGUGCAUCCUGUUUCCAUUGAUCAUCCUUGAGAUGUUUCUACAACUUGAUUGGACAUGAUUUGGAAAGGCACACACCUGUACAUAUAAGGUCCCACAGUUGACAGCGCAUGUCAGAGCAAAAACCAAGCCAUAGGUCAAAUUAAUUAUCCGUAGAGCUCAGAGACAGGAUUGUGUCGAGGCACAGAUCUGGGGAAGGGUACCAAAACAUUUCUGCCGCAUUGAAGGUCCCCAAGAACACAAUGGCCUCCAUCAUUCUUAAAUGGAAGCGGUUUGGAACUACCAAGACUCUUCCUAGAGCUGGCCGCCCAUCCAAACUGAGCAAUCGGGGGAGAAGGGCCAUGGUCAGGGAAGUGACCAAGAACCCGAUGGUCACUCUGACAGAGUUCCAGAGUUCCUCUGUGGAGAUGGGAGAAUCUUCCAGAAGGACAACCAUCUCUGCAGCACUCCACCAAUCAGGCCUUUAUGGUAGAGUGUCCAGACGGAAACCACUCCUCAGUAAAAGGCACAUGACAGCCCGAUUGGAGUUUGAGAAAUGAGAAAUAAGAUUCUCUGUUUUGAUGAAACCAAGAGUGAACUCUUUGGCCUGAAUGCCAAGUGUCACGUCUGGAGGAAACCAGGCACCGCUCAUCACCUGGCCAAUACCAUCCCUACGGUGAAGCAUGGUGAUGGUAGCAUCAUGCUGUGGGGAUUUCAGCGACAGGGACUGGGAGUCUAGUCAGGAUCGAGAGAAAGAUAAACGGAGCAAAGUACAGAGAGAUCCUUGUUGAAAACCUGCUCCAGAGCGCUCAGGACCUCAGACUGGGGCGAAAGUUCACCUUCCAACAGGACAACGACCCUAAGCACACAGCCAAGACAAUGGAGGAGUGGCUUCGGGACAAGUCUCUGAAUGUCCUUCAGUUGCCCAGCCAGAUCCCAGACUUGAACCCGAUCGAACAUCUCUGGAGAGACCUGAAAAUAGCUGUGCAGUAACGCUCCCCAUCCAACCUGACAGCUUGAGAGGAUCUGCAGAGAAUAAUGGGAGAAACUCCCCAAAUACAGGUGUGCCAAGCUUGUAGUGUCAUACCCAAGAAGUCUCAAGGCUGUAAUUUCUGCCAAAGGUGCUUAAACAAAGUACUGAGUAAAGGGUCUGAAUACUUAUGUAAAUGUGAUAUUUCAGUUUUUUAUUUUGAAUACAUUUGCAAACAUUUCUAAAAACCUGUUUUUGCUUUGUCAGUAUGGAGUAUUGUGGGUAGAUUGAGGGGGGGAAAAACAAUUUAAUCCAUUUCAGAAUAAGGCUGUAACGUAACAAAAUGUGGGAAAAGUGAAGGGGUCAUGUGAAAAUGGCACAUUUUCUGUUUUGUAAUAAAAAAGACAGAGGAAGAUAAGUGAUGACAUCAUCUGUGUGCAUCAUGUGAUUUUACCCAAUUAUGAGUAGGCAUUGCCUACUAAUUGGUUGAUAAUGCCAUUGGAAACACUUAUCUUCCUCCGUCUUUUUUAAUACAAAACAGAAAAUGUGCCAUUUUCACAUAUGUUGAUGUUGGGGUGGUGCUGGAGAUGAAUAUGAAGUUGAAAAAUUGUGAAAGUUUCCGUUAAGGGGGUGUAUCACAAUAACUAUCAAUUUAACCUCUUUUGCUGUAAAAUAUUUUUACAUAACCAUCCAUUUCCUAUAUGGGAGACCUUAGAGAUAUAGAAAAACAUGAUUGUGUUUUGUUAUUCCUCGGUUUGGGACAUCUCAACAUUUUGGUGGACUUGCCACUAGCCUAAACACUAUUUCUAGCCUGGUUCCAGAUCAGUUUGUGUGCUGACAACUCCUGGUCGUUGUCACGCCUACAUGGCAAGACGGCACAAACAGAUCUGGGACUGGCCAGGCUGCAAUUGCUUUACAAUGUCAUAUUUCCUCUGAUAAGGAAACAAUCAGACUACUGUAAACUUCAACUGAUAACUAGCUAGUUGUCUGUAUAGCCAUCUGAAACGGUUAACAUUUAUAAGUGACAUGCUUGUUUUCACCUCAACAUAAUCCCUAUUUCUUUCCCCAGAUGUUAUUCGCACGAUUCGAGACCCUGAGAAGCCUAACACGUUGGAGGAACUGGAUGUUGUGACGGAGAAAUGUGUUGAGGUCCAAGAUCUUGGAGAGGACGAAUACCUCAUCAUUAUCAAGUUCUCCCCAACUGUCCCCCACUGCUCUCUGGCUACACUAAUCGGUGUGUCUCUCUCAACUGAUAAGAAACAACAACUCAUAACUCACAUGAACAGCAAGAGAUAUUCAGCCUCUUACUGAUAUAACAGUUUAUGUGACAACACUACAGUGGCAUUCUCAUAGCCUGGUCCCAGAUCUGUUUGUGCUCUUGACAACUCCAUUGAUGUUAUUGUCAAGCCAAACAUGACAACGAGUGACAAGGAAUUGGCAUGAUAGCACAAGCAGACUGGCUCUCAGGCUACCAUUCUUAUAGAGAUACAACUACUGUAUUUCUAUGACAUUCUUGUCUACCUCAAAGCUGGCAGCGUGGGCACAGAAUGUCAAGAGUCCAUGCAGCCCCCGUUUCCUAUCUUUUUAAUAAAUAGGGACGUUUUGAAAUGCCAUGAUAAAGGUGCAUGCCAGGUUUUCAAGGGGCAAUAUAUUUGAAGCCAUUGUGGCACCCGUGGCCUUCGAAGGAUAAGCUGUAUGGAGCACAAGCAGGCGUGUCUCCAACCCUCCUACAGCAGAUUAGUGCUUGAAUGCCUCUGUGAAAUGCAUUUCCUUCCACAAGUUUCAGUUUCUACUUCCACAAGGUUGUCAAGGUGUUCUGACUUAAUGUUGCAUUGGUCUACUUAGGCCUAAAUUCAAUGAGAUCAUGUGUUAACCGGCGAUAGCUGACACCCGCCUAGCUGAUGUUUUGGUGCUGUAAUUGCGUUGGAGCUGUCAAAUCGGUGAGCAGUUGCUCUUGUUCACUGUCACGAAGCCACACCUGUCCCACUCGGAUUAAAGUUCAGAAUGAGAAAGUGGAGGCUAUAUAUAAACUUCAUGAUGCUCAAAUUUAACAUUUCACAUUCCCGUGUUCGAACUCUUACAUAAUAGAGCUACUUUAUGUCUACACAUGUUCCCAACCAACUCUGAAGGGGGCUUAUGUUACUGUCAGUCUCAUGAAAAAAGCACUCUUUUCAGUUCUGCUCUUUUUUACAUGGUCUUCUUCCCAUUAGGCCAAUUUUCUUCCUGUGAGUGGUGUGUUGCUCUGAUGUUUUAUGAAUGCGUUUACAAAUUGCCUACAUCAGAGAUCAAUGUCAAUGAUUCUGUACCUUGUAUGUUUCAGGCCUGUGCUUACAAGUUAAACUGCAGAGAUGCUUGCCGUUUAAACACAAGGUAAGCAGCUGUGGCAUUACGCCCGUCAGAAGAAGACAGUUUUAUCAUAACGCCGAUCCGUAAAGCAAUGUUUAUGCAGAAAAUGUUUGUGUGUUUAGUAAGAACACAUUCUUUCAUCCAAUUAUUUAUUCUGCCCAAUUUUCCUGUCUUCAAAACCUUUGUUGACAGGGUGCUUUGUGUCUUACUUUUUUUCAAGGGUCGUCUCUGAAGCCAAUAAGGAAAUGGAAAACAGUGUUGUGAUUUCUUUUCCCCUUUGUGCUGCCCUGGUUAAAAAUGAGGUGCCUCUGGUACCGAGCCAGCUUUAUGAAAAUGCAUGGUGUGGUUGUUUACUGGCCCCGGCCAUAACCUCCAGCCCUUCGUCCUGAUUUAGACCGGUCUGUGGGAAUACAGUAAAGUAAUGUAAAUGAAAUGCUUAUUUUUUGUUCUUUUAAAGUUGAUCUACCUUUUCUUCUUCCACAGUUGGAAAUUUACAUUUCUGAAGGAACUCAUUCUACCGAGGAAGAUAGUAAGUAUUAUUACUUACAACACCACCUUAUCCACAUCUCCAGCAAAUGUAUUUUGAAUAAAAUAGAAAUGUCAGACAUGGGCUAGAUUUGUAUCUCCACCUGAAAAGCCCAACUAGAAUUAGUUUUAUGAAACGAAGGUAAUUCGGUGAACCAUUAUCCCCUAUUGGUCACAUUUUACAGACCUUCAGGUUUUAGCUCAGUGGGAUAACACAACUUGUGGCGCGCAGAUGACCUGGGUUCAAACCCAGUUGGUCACAUUUAUGCAGUUUGACAAUAGAAGGAAACUUAUUGUGGUUUUAUCCAUUUCCCUCUAGUUAACAAACAGAUCAACGACAAGGAGAGAGUAGCAGCUGCUAUGGAGAACCCCAACCUGCGGGAGAUCGUGGAGCAGUGUGUUACUGAACCUGAUGACUGAGCCAAGGGACUGACUUCUCAGGACUUUAGUAUUAAUUAGCCAACGAAUGGAAACAUUUUGCUAUUGUGUGCCCUAAUGAAUACGACCCAGCCAUCAGCUUAAAAUCCUAGUCAUCAUGGAGUGUGUUUUGUGUUUUAUAAAAGUGCCUGAGGAGGCUAUGUCGGAGAUGAAUUGAGCUGAACUGUUCAAAUUUCAGCUCAGGGUAGUUGGAAAAUGUGAGAACUAACUGGGACGCUUUUAGACUUCUGAACAACAUCCCUCGAGAACAAUCACCCCAGAAUGGACACCAGCGGAUAUGGCUUUCUGUCAUGUUUGUUAGGUUGAUCUUUUUCUAACAUCAUGAUUAAGAUGGAGGCUCAGCUGGAAGAUCUUUGAGACUUGAGAACUGGGCCAGGGGAAACAGGAAACAACUUCCUGUCACA